GUUUGGAAAUUUCUUUUGUUGCGUGCUGUUUGAAUAUAAAUAGCUUACUUUCCCUCUUCAAAGGGAUCAAAGCCCAAAAUUUUCUAGAAAAUGUCAUUUUGUACCAUUGGGAUUUCAGGCCCGGAGCUGUAUCGGACCUCUUCCCCGUCGGCGUUGUCAGCGUUCUCCUCCAGUGACGGUGACGCCGCUACUACGUCUGUUACCGAUAUCCAUCCAGAUGUUCUCCGAACUCACAUCUUGACGCGUCUCGAUGGACCAGCACUUGCCGCGGUCGCCUCAACUUCGUCGCAACUUCAUUGCCUCACUGCCGACCCAAACCUCUGGGCGGAACUUUGCCGCUCCACGUGGCCGUCGACGGCGACACAGCGCCUCCACGCUCUGAUUUCAGAAUUUCCCAACGGUCCUAGGUCCUUCUUCUCUGAUUCCUUCCCUCGUCUCUCUUAUCACUCCGAAACUUCAACCUCUUCUUCUCCGUCCUCGGCAACCUACAGCCGCCGCCGCCACCGUCACCGCCGCCACCACUUUACGCCGGAAUUGAUCUCCGCCGUCGACAUCUACUACCGGGGAGAGAUGGUUUUCAGCAAAGUCGUCGAGACAGAGACCCUCUCCGGAUGGUUCCGAUGCACGCCGUUUCGAAUCGAUAUGCUUGAUCCUAAAGACGUAGUUCAAACGCCGAUUAAAUUUCCAAUCGGCGACGGAAAUACAUGCUGGGAGCUUACGGAGGAUCUGACUCUGAGCUGGAUUAUGAUCGACACCGCCGGACGGCGAGCGAUGAAUCUGUCGAGCUACCGGCCCGUCAGCGUGCAGCGACACUGGUUGAGCGGGGAGGUGCACGUAAGAUUCGCAGCCGUGCUCGAGGGUGAAAGAGGAACGGCGACGGAAUGCGUGCAGUGCGGGAUUGCAGUGACGUGCGGAGGAUGGGAAGGAGGGAAUUUACAGGUGAGGGAAGUGAAUUUGCAGGUGGAGGAUCUGGACGGAACAUAUUUGAAUGGGAAGGAUAGUUUAGUAAUUUUGGAGAGGGCGUUGGAGGGUAAAACGGGAAGAAGGGGAAGGAAAAAGUUGGAGGAGUUUAUGGCGAAGAAAAGGGAGAGGAAAGAAAGGACGUUGAGGAGAGAAGGGACGUUAGAUAUGGUGUGUUUGGCUUUUGGGUUUCUUGGGUUUGCUACUUUCCUUCUUUCUCUUAUUAUUUAAAUCAUAAAUUAAAACUAAAUAAAAUUAAAUAACUACAAGACUAUUCAUUCACACUAUUAGUAUUAUCUU